AUAAAGCGUCGCGCAUCUUGUCUUUUGACCACCACCUUACCUCACGAAACGACAUUAUGGCUGACCCCAGCGGUGCUGCUCCCCAGCCUGGCGAGAACGACGUCUCGACGGCCAUCCUCAGGCCGAAGAAAUCCCCCAACCGCCUCAUCGUCGAUGAGGCCACUGCAGAUGACAACUCUGUCGCGACUAUGAACCCCGCGACGAUGGAGACCCUGCAGCUCUUCCGCGGCGAUACCAUCAUCGUUCGUGGCAAGAAGCGGCGCGACACUGUCCUGAUCUGCCUGAGCUCCGACGAUGUCGAGGAGGGCCGGAUACAGAUGAACAAGGUCGCGCGCAACAACUUGCGCGUCAAGCUUGGCGAUCUCGUCAACGUGCACCAAUGUCUCGAUAUCAAGUACGGCAAGCGCGUCCACAUUCUGCCCUUCGACGACUCCAUCGAGGGACUGAGCGGCAACAUCUUCGACGUGUACCUCAAGCCUUACUUCCUUGAAGCCUACCGCCCGGUGCGCAAGGGCGACACCUUCCUCGUUCGCGGAGGCAUGCGAACAGUCGAGUUCAAGGUCAUCGAGACCGACCCGGCAGAAUACUGUAUCGUUGCUCAGGACACCGUCAUCCACACCGAGGGUGACCCUGUUAAGCGUGAAGACGAAGAGUCCAACCUCGCCGAUGUCGGCUAUGACGACAUUGGUGGCUGCCGCAAGCAGAUGGCGCAGAUUCGUGAGCUCGUCGAGCUGCCCUUGAGGCAUCCCCAGCUCUUCAAGUCGAUCGGUAUUAAGCCUCCUCGUGGUAUCCUCAUGUUCGGUCCUCCCGGUACGGGUAAGACCCUCAUGGCACGAGCUGUGGCGAAUGAGACUGGCGCGUUCUUCUUCCUCAUCAACGGCCCUGAGAUCAUGUCGAAGAUGGCUGGUGAAUCCGAGAGCAACUUGCGAAAGGCGUUCGAGGAGGCUGAGAAGAACUCGCCUGCUAUCAUCUUCAUUGAUGAGAUCGACUCCAUCGCGCCGAAGCGUGAGAAGACGAACGGUGAAGUCGAGAGGCGCGUUGUCUCGCAGCUCCUGACGCUCAUGGACGGCCUCAAGGCCCGCUCUAAUGUUGUCGUUAUGGCUGCGACUAACCGUCCGAACUCCAUCGACCCGGCUCUUCGUCGUUUUGGUCGCUUCGACCGUGAAGUCGACAUCGGUAUUCCUGACCCCACCGGCCGUCUCGAGAUCCUGCGCAUCCACACGAAGAACAUGAAGCUUGCUGAUGAUGUCGACCUUGAGCAGAUCGCCGCUGACACCCAUGGCUAUGUCGGCUCCGAUAUUGCGUCCUUGUGCUCUGAAGCUGCUAUGCAGCAGAUUCGUGAGAAAAUGGACCUCAUCGACCUCGACGAGGACACCAUCGACGCCGAGGUGCUCGACUCGCUCGGUGUUACCAUGGACAACUUCCGCUUCGCCCUCGGUACCUCCAACCCAUCCGCGCUCCGCGAGACCGUUGUCGAGGUGCCGACCGUUACCUGGGACGAUAUUGGUGGCCUCGACAAGGUCAAGCUCGAGUUGCAGGAGACCGUCCAGUACCCCGUCGAGCACCCCGACAAGUUCCUCAAGUACGGCAUGUCGCCAUCAAAGGGUGUCUUGUUCUACGGCCCGCCGGGUACGGGUAAGACUAUGUUGGCGAAGGCAAUUGCGAACGAGUGCAAUGCCAACUUCAUCUCCAUCAAGGGCCCUGAACUGCUUACCAUGUGGUUCGGUGAGUCUGAGGCCAACGUCCGCGACGUCUUCGACAAGGCUCGCGCCGCCGCACCUUGCGUGAUGUUCUUCGAUGAGUUGGACUCCAUCGCAAAGGCCCGUGGCAGCUCAUCCGGCGAUGCUGGUGGUGCUGGCGACCGUGUGUUGAACCAGAUCCUCACGGAGAUGGACGGCAUGAACUCGAAGAAGAACGUCUUCAUCAUCGGCGCGACGAACAGGCCAGACCAGAUCGACUCUGCGCUCCUCCGUCCCGGUCGUCUCGACCAGCUCAUCUACAUCCCCUUGCCCGGCGAGGCCGAGCGUCUGAGCAUCUUGAAGGCGACCCUGAAGAAGUCGCCGCUCGCGCCGGACGUCGACCUCAACUUCCUCGCGCAGAAGACGCACGGCUUCUCUGGUGCUGACUUGACGGAGAUCUGCCAGCGCGCCGCCAAGCUCGCCAUCCGCGCGAGCAUCGAGGCCGAUAUCCGCCGCGCACGCGAGAAGGCCAAGAAUGAGGACGGCGACGCGAAGAUGGAGGAGGACGCGGAGGAAGAGGACCCGGUACCGGAGAUCACGCGGGAACACUUCGAGGAGGCGAUGAAGUUCGCGCGCCGCUCCGUGUCGGACCAGGACAUCCGCCGCUACGAGAUGUUCGCGCAGAACCUGCAGCAGGCGCGUGGCUUUGGGAACAACUUCAAGUUCCCGGACACGCAGGGCGAGUCGUCAGGGCAGCAGCAGCAGGCGGCGGGCAACGCUGGCUUCACGGAGGAUGCGGGCGAUGAUGACCUUUACGCGUAAUCGAUGUUUUGUUUCUGUAUCAAUAUUCCAUCCUACGUCCUACGUCUUUGUUACUGCAAAAGAAUAGAAGGCAUAGUGUAUUCAUGACUUGCAA